AAUGAAGUGGUUUUAUGGUACCAAACAUUUAGUUGUACAAGUGUUCGACUGUACAACAGUGGCCAGGUUCUUCUUAAUAAUAUAGCUAAAAUUGUGGGCCAGGUUGUCCCAUCUGAACAGGAGCAGCUCACAAGAUCCCUGGGAGUUGGGCCUCAUGCAAGAACCUGCUUCUUUGGUGGCUAUGACAGCAUAAAGCAUAGCCCAGAUGCACUGCGAAGCUUGUGCGGUGUUGACGGCAAUGUGUUUGCUUUGCUGCUUAGCCUACUGCCAACGGUUCGAGACCGGGGGAGUGACGUUACAGUAGAAAACAAAAUGCUGAUCUUCCUCACAAAAAUGAAACUGGGAAUAUCGUUUAGCGCUGUUGGAACUCUCUUCGGGGUCCACGAGACCACUGCCUGCCGUACAUUUUAUGCUGUGCUGUACACCUUGGCAGAGGUCACUAGAGGUUGGAUCAGUAAGUCUCCUGUGAGCAACAUCAAGCUUGCGCAGCCGCUUUGUUUUCAGGAAAACUAUCCGGAGUGCACUCUCAUUGUAGAUUGCACAGAGAUAAAAACGGAGACACCCCCCAACAUUAGGCAGCAGCACGUACUGUACUCCUCGUACAAAGGAUGCUACACACUGAAAUUCCUUGUUGGAAUCAUCCCCAAUGGAAUGGUGGUGUUCAGGUCCAAACCGUACGGUGGUCGAUGUUCAGACACAUACAUCACACUAAACUCUGGAUUUUUGAAUGUGCUCGAAAGCGACGACAUGGUUCUUGCAGACAAGGGAUUUCCUGGCAUUCGCGCUUCUCUUGCCGACAGGGGGGUCAUCCUUGUAAUGCCACCAUUCUCGGCGGGAAGCAACGUUCCAUUCACUACCGAGGAAAUGGAAGAGACCUACGCAGUUGCUUCGGUGCGCAUUCAUGUGGAAAGGAUGAUUCAAAGAAUUAAGCUCUACGACAUCCUUAACCACCGAGUUCCCAUUUCACUGAUACCAGCAAUGGGAGACAUUUUCCACAUGUGCUGUGUUUUGGCCAACCUUCAGCCACACAUUAUCAGCUCGUAGCCUGUGAACUAACUUGAGAACCCUUAGGAACCUUUCAUUUUUUUAAAUUUUAUUUUCAUGAACUUCGUUGGUUUUUUGGCAGCACUUUAAUUUUUGUGAGGAUGCAACAUUUGCAGAUUGAAGACAAUUUGCAAAAGAUUGAUCUCGCGAAGAAACAGUUCCAUGGUGGCAAGUACAAAACAUACCAUUUUGGAUCGCAUAAAUUUGUGCCCACAAAAUAUCUCGCAAACAGGCAUGUUGAGAAAAUCGCGAAAUAUUGAGGUA